AUGCAAAAGCAGACAAUCGCCGAAUACACGCCUGCAUGGCUUCAAAAACCCUACCCUGGGCAUGGCGUCUUCACUCCAACUCCCGCCAAAGCUACUAGCAACUUCCUAUCUCAAUCCAAUGGAACAGACUCUGCGAGCAAGAGAUCUGCGAAGCCCGGGCCGCGGAGAACAAUUGCGCGACGUGGAACAGAGGUCUUCAUAGCUGUUGGGAAGGAAAUCCGAUGGGCGGACCUUGUUUACUUGAAGCAGGGCUGGGAAUACAAGGAGGCUAAGAAAGCUGCUUCACGGAAAGGAGGUGAUGACAGAGGCUUUAGAGAAAGCAGUCAGUAUGAGGCGGACCAUGCUCAAGGAUAUCGGACCAUAAAGACACAAGUUGCGGACGACAUCAGACAACUGGUCAUCUCCCCCAAUGGAAACUUCAUCGCCAUCUUGACUACACAUACCGUCCAUAUUGCGAUCUUGCCGGAGCCUGCCCUCCUUACUGCUGCUGAUACCAGCCCGAUGAAGCUGAAAUCCUACACCUUAGGACCGACGACACAUGUCACAUCUCAAGCCGGGAUAGCUUCAGCGCUAUGGCAUCCUCUGGGCGUCAAUGGUACUUGUCUGGUGACUGUAACAGUAGACGCCAUUGUACGGAUAUGGGAGCUUUCUAGUGCGGAUCGAUGGUCUUUCGACAGACCAACACUGGCAAUCGACCUCAAGAAAUUAGCAGAUGGCAUUUCCGUUGAUGAAGACUUUGGAGCUUCUGUUGGUGGCAACAAGAGCUUCUCGCCAGAUUCAGUUGAGAUGGAUGUCGCAUCGGCUUGUUUUGCAGGACGAGGCAGUGGUGGAUGGUCACCCAUGACUCUCUGGAUUGCUAUGAGAGAAGGCGACGUCUAUGCUCUAUGCCCUUUGCUGCCAGAGAAAUGGUCCCCGCCAUCAGCUCUCAUACCAUCGUUGUCCGUCUCCAUUGUUGCGAAACUCGCCACCAUAGAAGAUGACCCAUCCAUUCCUGCGAACAUGAAGGCGCUCGGACAACAACAGUUGGCAUGGAUGAAAGAGAUCGACGACCAGGACCCAGUACAUGUCGAAGCACCUCCUGGGGAACGUUCAGCAGAAGUAUUUUCAAGGCCCUCAAAGCCUGGAAAAAUCCCCAAGUUGCAAGGACCAUUCGAUGUAGAGCUGGCACCAGAUGAGUCGGACAGGGAACUUGACAGUUUACUCAGCGACAUCUAUAUCAUUGGGGCCAAGAUUGAUGAUGAACAACUAAUGUCAGGCGAGGAAGUAGAUAUCUUAAGCGACGACGUUGAUAAGGAGGGUGCUUCGUUCGGAAUCAUCUGUCUUCUAACGAGUAGUGGCAGACUUUCUAUCUGCUUGGAUUUGGAUGGCGUUGAAGCGCAGUGGCUGCCAAAGUCGAAAUCAAAAUCUGCACGACUUCUGGACGAAUCCUUGGACUCUCCAACUCUGCUCACGUUCGAGGUUCUUGAUACUUCCAAGGGAAGCGAAGUCAACGAGAAAGAUUGGCCAGUUUUCAGUCAUGAUGUGACCUCGCGCUAUUCAUUCUACAUUACCAAUACCUCUAGCAUCACUUUCGUCUCGCUUCAUCCUUGGGUUUUCCGCCUAGAUGGAGACCUAAAAGAAGCUACACAUGGCGCUGAGUUUCGCAUUGAUAUUAUGGCCAGAGCCGACAAUUCUAUGCGCCAACGAAUUUAUACCCAAAAUCCCGUCGAGCCUUCCUCUUCACUGGCCGCUAGCACUCUACUGCUUGACCCUGAUCUGGGACACAUGUUAUUGUCAGCUACACCUUAUGGACCUCUCGCUCUGACCUUUGAGACAGCCAAAGACGCAGUAGCGGAGGUCCGUCGCUCUCGAUCACGGUCCCCAACUUACGAUUCCGAGCCUGAUAGGCCUCUCAUUCUGUGUGAGCCACGACCUGUAUAUGAACCAUCACAUACACUGGAUGAAAGCUCAGCGCUACCAGCUUUCAUCGAGAAGCUAGGGCACAGUAAAUACAAACGAUUACUCAAGGAAGAGGUUCGGCUAUCUCCAGCAACCCUGCAAAUCAUGGCGGAAGCCCAUAAAGUGUUGAGCGAAGAGACACAUCGCAUCGGCAUAGCUGCUGCAGAACUCUUCCGACGUUGCCAACACCUUCAAGUGGAGCUGAAAUCUCAGAUCAAGAAAGCAAAUGAUGUUGCGUCUCGUGUCGAUGCUAUUACUGGUAAUGAUAUUGAUGACGGACCAACCGUUUCUGUUGACGAGAGCGUCACCAAACGCAUCGAGGCAGCCAAAUCACGGCAGAAGGAGCUUUCUGACAGGAUUGAGAAGCUACGACGAAAUGGAAUGAAAGGCACCACUAGAGAGCUGAGCGACAAGGAGAAGGCUUGGUUUGGAGAGGUCAAGAUGGUGGAAAGUAAGAUUGUUGGAGGCGAGUCUGAUGAUUUUGGCAGAAGGAAGGCAAAGGAACCAUGGGCUCGUUACGAAGAGAUUAAGCAGUUGCAUGAAGACCUACUUGACCAGAUCGAGAGCAAGAUGUCCGACGACGUUCCCUCAACACCGAACAUCAAGGUUUCGUCUGAUAUUAGGAAAGGUAAGAUGGUUGAGAUCAUGGAGGCCUUGGAUCGAGAAUCUGCAUUGGUAGAAGAUGCAAAGAUCAGACUGGAGCGACUGAGUUUGGUCUGA